AUGGCUGGAUACGAGAAUGCAACCUCGGAUAAAUCGCGCUACUUGCCUAUGAAUAGCAGCAUUGGGCGAGAACACGAGGAAAUGAAGUUCCUCGGUCUCGCAGUUGCAUUCCUCCCCCUCCUGGCCGCCGCUGCCCCCGUCGCGGACCCCGACGCCGAAGCAGAUGGAGAGCUAGACCUUGAAAAGCGCGCAUCAGCGCAGACUUGCAAAAUCGUCAAUGUCGACCACACUGUCAACUGCCGGUACGAUGCGAAGUUAGACGCAGGCGCAAUCUUUGGGUUUCCCAAGGGAGAUAAACUCACCUUUGCGUGCUGGAAGCAUGGCGAUUGCUUCAAUGGGGUUUGGUAG